AUGGCGGUUUCCAGCUCUAGUGAAGAGGAGGACCGUCGGGAAGAUAAGCGAGACCGGAAGAGAAGGAGUUUGAGCAAGGAGGACAAACCACGCAGCGAAAAGAAGGAAAGGAAGGAUCGCGAGCAGAAGCGUCGUAAGCGACGACGACGCGAAUCCAGCGACUCCAGCGACUCCAGCGACGGCAGCGACGACAGCGGAUCAGAAGCUUCAAGCAGUGGAUACAGCAGCGAUGAGAGCGAGAUCAGCAGGAGGAAGAAACGGCGAGAAAAAGAGGGGAAGCGUCGAAAUAGGAGUCGUUCAAACAGCAGCAGCGAUAGCGAUGGAUCGGAUGAUAGUGAUUCUAGUGAAGGCGACAGAAGUAAACGGAAGUCAAGAUCGUCCAAGUCCUCUAGCAGCAAGAAGAAGAGUAGCAGCCGUCGAGACCGUCGUCGAUCCAGCCGGGACAGGCGGUCGGACAAGAAGGGCAAGAGCAAAAGGCGAUCAUCAGACAAGCUCCCAUUGUGGCGCCGUGUCACAUGGACCGUGCCACGUGCCGUCAUCCUCUCUACUCCUCGAAAAGGAUCCAAAUCCUCUGGUGAAGCAACGCCAGGGCCAGUGCAGCUCUCACAGUUUCUUGGUCGCGAUGAUGGCUCCACACGCUACAGUGUCAUAUCAGGCAAGAAGAUUCGCAUGAAGGUGGACAAGACCAAGGACGACAAGGUUGCUGAAGCCAAUCGAUCUGAGCUUCUGCGCUUCCUGAAUUCAAGCUACGACUAG